UCUCUCUCUUUCCCUCUCUCUCUCUCUCACCAGCUUCCUCCCGUGUGUGCGCGCUGGUCGAGCGUGGGACAGUGUGGGUACUGCGAGAGAGCUUCCUAUAAAAGCGGCGGUCACUGGCUCCGCUGGUCGCAUUUCUUGCUAUCCUAACACGUUCGAACGUCUUAUCCGAUCUUGAAUUUGACGUGUUAUUCUCAAACACCUUGCAAUAUCGCAGUCAUUUCACACUAGGAAACCACCGUCUAUGGUGUUAUACCUGAAACCUCAAAGAUGUCUCGUACCGAAGAGGUGCACCGUAUAACGGAAAAUGUCUACAAGUCCAUCAUGGAGCAGUUCAACCCCUGCCUCAGGAACUUCGUUGCCAUGGCCAAGACCUACGAAAAGGCUCUCUCCACUCAAGCUCAGCCUCACCCUAGACCUGCCCUCAUGCCCUGUGUGUCUGACCCGGGAGCUGCUGAGAUGGGGCCGGGGCCCAACGCGCUCCCUGACCCGCUGGCUCCAGGUGUGACUUUCGCUGCGAAGGGCUACUUCGACGCGCUGGUGCGGAUGGGGGAGCUGGCCAGCGAGAGUCAUGGCUCUAAGGAUAUUGAAGAGGCAGCAUGGGACGUCCUCUUUCAGAUGGCUGAAGUCCACCGGCAGAUUCAGAUCCAGCUGGAGGAGAUGUUGAGGUCCUUCCAUAAUGAGCUGCUGACAGAACUGGAAAAGAAGGUGGAGUUGGACGCACGCUAUCUAAAUCCUCCUCCUCCGGCGGUCCAGUGCGUGGAGACGAUCAGUGGCAAGCAGAGCGAGCUGGACAGCUACGUGGCCGACGGCUACCGGGCAGCGCUGUCAGAGGAGCGGCGCAGGUACUGCUUCCUGGUGGACCGUCAGUGCGCCGUGGCCAAGAACGCCAGCGCCUACCACAACAAGGGUAAGGAGCUGCUGUCUCAGAAGCUUCCGGUAUGGCAGCAGGCGUGUGCCGACCCUACCAAGCUGCCCGAGCGUGCCAUGCUGCUGGCCCAGCAGAUGAGCUCCAGUAUGGGCACGAUGAGCAGCGCUGGCGGCACCCUCCACAGCUCCACAGGAGGCCUGCACAUCUCCAACCCCAUCCCUGGGGCCAAGCCCCUGCCUGUGCCUGCAGAGCUAGCUGCCCUCAUGAACCAGCAGAGGGCGAUGGGCAUGGACGGCGUGCCCAUAGUGAACGGCACAGCAGGGGCCCACGGCGGGAACGACUACCAGCACUGGAUGGAGAGCAAGGCCGGCCAGGCCAAGGGAGCCAGCCCGCAGGUCCACAGGCACGGGGCCGAGGUCUACUCCAACACACUGCCCGCCCGCAAGGUGGUACCCACCAAGAGCAAGGCCACCAUUGCCGAGACUCAGACGCUGCCCAGGUCCAGCUCCAUGGCGGCGGGACUAGAGCGCCAAGGCCGGACCCGCGUGCAUGCCAUCUACUCGCACGCGGCCGGGGACAACAGCACCCUGCUCAGCUUCAGCGAGGGAGACGUCAUCACCCUGCUGGUACCAGAGGCCCGCGAUGGCUGGCACUAUGGAGAGAAUGAGAAGAACCGCAUGAGAGGCUGGUUCCCAUUCUCCUACACACGAGUCAUCGCGGAGCCAGAGCCCGAUACAGCCCGACACUUACAUGUCAGCCUCCAGCACGGCAGAAGCAGCAGCACAGGGAACCUUCUGGAAAGAGACGGCAUGGUGCUCCCGGUCAGCGACUACGGCAUGUCUGCCCGCCUGAUGGCCCGCGGCUCCCAGCAGAGCAUGGCCCACAGCCGCCAGCAGAGACCCUACAGCGUCGCAGUGCCCACGUACACACAGCAUCAAGGACUGGAAGACUAUGAGCACCGCUUCCCCACGAGUUCGGAGGUCAAAUUGAUUUCGACAGUGUGAGGACUAGGAAAGCAAGAGAGAGAGAGAGAGAGAGAGAGAGAGAGAAAGAGAGACAGAGAGAGAA